AGUUCGUUUAAAAGAAGCACCUGUCAAAUUGUAGACUCAAAUGGAUGAUUUGUGCAUAUUUUUUAUGGUAUUUCAAUAACACCGACCGUUGUGAAGCAAGAAAACCUCGAAUAAAUACGUGCUGUAUAAAGUCUUCAUUAUUAUUUUACGGAAUCAAUAAAUUAGUAUCACCUAAAAUGGCCAGCAGUUUAUACAAUAUAUCAACGUACAGCCGUUUCAAUUUAUCCGAAAGCGAAUCUGAUAUACCCGUUUUCGUAGACGAAUAUAGAAAACGCAUAAAAAGGCAAUUGGCACGAGAAGAAGAGCCGCCGAAGUCUUCGUUUAUUUCGUUUGUUCAGAAAGGGCUCAGUAUAACCGACCUAACGUGGUUACAAGACAAUCGAGAUAGAUUCUUCAAGGGCACGGAAAACAAGACAUUGGUGAAACUGGACUAUUUAUCAGAAUGUGGUUAUAUUUUUUGUAUGGAGUUUUCGCCGGAGGGAGAUUUCGUGAUUAUCGGUCAUUCGUCUGGAUUAAUUCAGAUGCGCCAUGGUAGUACAGGUACAGUGCUAUGUACAUUGAGAAAUGUGCAGUUUCCGCCCAAACCGGUGUACGCCAUUGAAUACAGCAUGGUCGAAGAAAGAGUUUGCUACGCUGCUUGUAUGGACGGUGCAAUUUACAGGAUCGAAAUACCCAACGUUGUGGCGCCGAUAGAGGAACCUCCACUAUUCUGUAUUAGAGCCGAUCCUGCUCUAGAAUCGUUCAACAUGCAAUUCUAUGGAAGUCCUGGGAUAUCAUCUUAUUCCACACCAUUCAUCACCCAGCGAUCCCCUGCGCUUUCUCUCGGUCUGACCGCUGAUCAAACUAAAAUGGCGGUCGGUUACGGAGAUAGUUCAAUAAAAGUAUACGAUAUGGAGACUCAAGAAACAGAGCAGACGUACAAAGUUCACAAACUCCGUCUUCAGUUUAUACCGAAGAAGUUACAGAGAAUGCACUUCGGUCAAGUUUGCGCUUUGAGAUGCCACAAGGAUAGGCCCUACAUGUUCGCGAGUGCUGCCUGGGACAAAACUUUGAGAAUUUGGGAUAUAAGGUGUCAAGUCGGCUGCGUUAUGACGUUCGAAGGCGUUGACAUAUGCAGUGACAGUAUCGAUCUAAAUAGGGACCACUGCAUAGCCGGCAGCUGGCAAGCGACGGAAGCGUUGACAGUGUGGGAUUUAGUAGCACGGAAGAGAAUGAAUGUAAUAAGGGUGCAGAAUCGUCGACAAGACGUGGACGGCGAGUACAUUUACGCGUGUAGAUACUGGAAUUCUUCGGAGUACAAUCGUAAAGGGAAAUAUGCCAUUGUCGGUGGCAGCGGAACGAAUUGCCUGGAAGUGAUCAAUCUACACAACCGAUAUAUUUCAUGUUCUUAUCCAGCCUCCGGCACUGUCCUGGCUGUAGCUAGCCACGGUGAGAGGGUAGCCUUCGGUGGAACUGCCCCAGUGUUUAACAUUGCGAGUUUCCAUGAUCCUAAGCACGAGAAGCAGACAUAUCACGAAGAAGAAAUUGAUAUCGAAUACAAGGAAAGUAUCAUAUUACGCGACGAAGAUUUUAUGUGAGAUUGAUUUUUUUUUUAAACAACUUUUAACAAAAUAAAUAUGUUUA